AUGGAGAGUUAUGAACAGGAAGGCCUAACGAUUCUUAUUGACGAAGCCAAGACAGUCCGACGUAACGAGCAAGGAAUUGAAAUCGGGUUUCUCAAUGCAGAUAAAAUCACCCUCAAACGCGAUAUAGAAAGUGGGGUCACAACAGAAAUUGUCGCUGAGGGUAAUGUAGAAAUCCGAGAUCAAGAUAUCUUUGCUACCUGUGACCAUGCUAUCAUGGACAACCUGACAAGUACUAUUAUUCUUACAGACAACGUCGUCGUCUUACAAAACAAGGAUCGGCUCGAAACCAAGUUCUUCACUUUCAAUCGGGUGACCGGAAAACAGACUGCUGAGGGUGAUGUAAAAUUUAAGGUUACCGUUACACAAGCACCACCGGUAGAUUCAGAGGCAGAUGAGAACACGGAAAACGGCACAGACACUGGCGAAGAACAAACUUCUUCAACCGCCCCUCAGGAGACAGAAGAACUACAAGCACACAGACUCGUAAAACGUUAUACGCGGCGCGGUCCCAUAGUUGUUAACGAAGUAAGCCUAUCCGUCCAGCAAGGUGAAAUUGUCGGGUUGCUCGGUCCCAACGGUGCCGGAAAAUCAACGACCUUUUACAUGGUGGUAGGACUGAUUCGCCCGAAUGCAGGUAGAAUUACAUACGCCGAUAAGGACAUUACCUUCUACCCGAUGUAUAAGCGUGCGAGACUUGGCAUCGGCUACCUCUCACAAGAAACAUCGAUUUUUCGUAAACUGACGGUUCAACAGAACAUUGAGGCAAUCCUUGAGGUACAAGGGGUGCCAAAAUCAGAACGCGAACCUCGCAUCCGCGAGCUGACAGACGAACUCGGCAUUUCAAAUCUGUUACCGCGCAAGGCAUAUACACUUUCGGGCGGUGAGUGUCGCCGAGCAGAGAUAGCACGCGCUCUUGCAGCACAACCUAAUUUCAUUCUGCUUGAUGAACCGCUUUCUGGAAUAGAUCCGAUUGCUGUCGCUGAUAUCAAGCAGCUCAUCGGGCACUUGCGCGACCGCAAUUUAGGUGUACUCAUUACGGAUCAUAAUGCCGCUGAAACACUUGAUAUUGUUGAUAGGGCAUACAUCAUCGUUGAUGGGAAAAAUUACGCUCGCUGGAACACCUACAGAACUCAUCAACAGCGAGACUGCGAGAGACCUCUAUUUUGGACACAAUUUCUCCUAUCGGGUAGGGUAGCAACGCUGUAG